GUCACAUUUUCGAAGGACCACUUUUGUCAACUCUCUCUCUCUUCGCUCCUAUUCCUACCCUUCUAUUUUUUUCCACUGAAAUCCAUUUGAAUCUCAACCCUCGUGAAAUUGAAAUGGGUUUUCUCUCUCACUAAAAUCACUUCGGACCCAUCUUUCAGUUCAGAGUUCUCUCUUUUAAUCUCAAAUCAACCAAACAGUCAUUUCCCAGAACCUCCAAUGGAAGAAAGCCAAGAAAUUGCAUUGACCCAGAUGAGGAAAUCAAUUGAAAAGCUUGGAUGUUCUGCUGGGAAGUAUGGAGACACAACCCUCAAGAGGUUCUUGAUUGCCAGAUCAAUGGAUUCAGAUAAAGCUGCAAAGAUGUUUGUUCAGUGGCAGAAAUGGAGGGAUGCUUUGGUCCCAUUAGGGUUCAUCCCCGACUCCGAAGUACCGGACGAACUGGCGGCUCGGAAGAUUUAUUUACAGGGCUUAUCAGAAGAUGGAUGCCCUGUAAUGGUCGUGAAAGCCAGCAAACAUUUUCCUUCCAAGGAUCAACCUCAAUUCAAGAAAUUUGUUGUUCAUCUGCUAGACAAAACCAUUGCAAGCUCCUUCAAGGGAAGAGAAAUAGGAAAUGAGAAGUUGAUUGGCGUUCUUGAUUUACAACAAAUUACUUAUAAGAACAUUGAUGCUCGUGGCUUAAUUACUGGGUUUCAAUUUUUACAGGCUUAUUACCCUGAGCGGUUGGCCAAAUGUUUCAUAUUAAAUAUGCCAAAGUUCUUUGUCAGCGUGUGGAGGAUUGUUUCCCGCUUCCUUGAGAAGGCAACUCUAGAGAAGAUUGUGAUUGUAACCAAUGAAGAUGAGAGGAGGGAUUUCGUCAAGGCAAUCGGAGAAGAAGCCUUGCCAGAAGAGUAUGGUGGGAGAGCAAAGCUAGUAGCUAUCCAAGAUGUUGUAUUGACCCCAUUGGAGGAGGAUUAACUCAAUUACAUAUACAAAAGUGAAUGCAUCUGCUAAUGCAACCCAACUUAUUGGAAUGCUACCAAUGAGAUUAUACUUAUUGCCAAUUCACAGGCUGUAGGGCAAGUUUUAGCCUAAUACCUUAUCAUCAUGUAUUUUAGUAGUAAUCAUUUAUCAAGAUGCACUAAAAUUGCCUCUACUGUAGAAACAGUUUCUCUGAUUACAGAAGAGUACUCUAUUUAAACAAAUUGGUUUCAGCUUAA